AUGGGUGGGUCAACGCUGGGUAGCUGGUUACAAUUGCCAGCUGUAACCCCGGAUACCUUUGGCGCCCCACCCCUCUCGGCACCAGAGGAACUCAUGUCCCACCUGCAGACUCGCGAAAUCGGCAAUCGAACCCGCUUCCAAUCUUCAAGUUCCAUAUCCUCCUCUUGCAGUCACCAGUCAGUCAACGAAGCCGCCGAACUUAGCGAAGACCAGAGACAGACUGCCAGAAGGACCCUUCUCCCAGACCUGACAGCCGAUGAAGUAAACAACUACUGCGAGGCACUUGCUAAACAGAGAGAGGAGGUCCACCGUGCUUACAGAGCCAAACAUGGCAUACCUGAAGAUGACGCCACGCCAGAGCAGAUCCGAAAAUGUAGGCUACAGCGAAUCAUGCUACGCUACGGCUUAGAAAAAGAGAGGCAGGCUGAGGAUAUUCUAAAACAGGAGGAGGUCGUGGCAGCUAUCGACACUACCGUUGACCUGACACCUCGUGUGCGACCUGAUACUGUCCGUGAUUACGGAAAGUAUGGCCCCCUCAGGCGUUCUGUUAUCUUCCCUAGUCCCUGGCCAGGACGCACUCGUAUUGAGGCCAAGUUGGCACCACCAGCAUAUAUAGACUGGGAUUGCGAUCAGAUUCGUUCGAUGAUCAGGCGCUUCUGCUUCUGGGAGGGGGAGGGGCAGCGCAGCUACGACUGGGAGGACAGUGAGUUUGACUUGGACGACUUCCAGAAGGCACUGGCUAUCUCACGUCAAACCUUGACCGCAUUCCUGAAGAAGAGGGGGCCGGAGAACGGGGACAAAUCUCAGGCGUACGAGUUGGCCUGGGAAUUCUUCAAGCGGAGAGCGCUACUUGGCUACCCUCUGAUGAAGGGCGAAAAGAAGGAAGGGAAGGCUUCUUCGCGUGAGACUAGCAGCGAAGACGGUACUGAAGGCAACCGUGAUGAAGCCAUGGAGGAAGUUGGGGUGCUUGGCGCCAGUGAUUCCAACCGUCGUCCCUUCAAACGUCGGAUUCAUGAACCACACUCCGACGAAGACAGCAGCAAACGACUUAAGACUACAAGAUGUCGAGCAGAAUAA